ACCUGCCGCGCGCACACGCCCCCCGCGCGCCGAGCCUCCGAGCUGCCGCCGCCGCCGCCCUCCGCACGCACCCGCCGCGGCUCGCCCGCACAGCCCGCACAGCCCAGCCUCGGCGCGGGCCGCAGCCACCCCAGCCGCGGCUGCCGCGCUUCUUGCAGCCACGGGCCGCGGCCAUCGCCGCCCUGAAAGAGCCGAGCCUGCCGGGCGCAGAACCCAGUAGGGUCCAGGCUGGGCGCUCGUAAGCACGGGCCGCCUCUGCCGUUGUGGUUCGCUACCCUCUAGCUCCCGGGAGGACGCGCUUGACUCGCUCCUCAUCAGCCUCAGAGCUCCGUGUUGCUCCUCAGUGCCGGAGCAUCCUUCCCUGUGCUCAGCAUCCUCCUGUCAGCGCCGGAGCAUCCUGCCCAGUGCUUGGCAUUCUCUGUGCUCAGCGUCCUCCUCCGAGCUCUGCAUCCUCCUUCCGUUCCUCGGCAGCACCCGGGCCCAGUCCCCACCCGCUCGCACCCCACCCGCGGGAAGGAGGCCUCGGGAAUGCAGGGGAGUGGCUGUGGGGGCGCGUCGCCGCUCGGCCAGCCCCUCUACCCAAACACGGGCUGCUCCCCAUUGUAAAGCUGCUCCGGGAGAAGGAGGACGGCGUGCUGCUCCCUGUGCGGGGCUGCGGGGAAUCUCAGCGUCCUUUUAGGGUGGGGCGGGGAGGGCCCUGGCUUUUGGGGAGUGGACCUGGAGGAGGACCGGAGCAGGGAAAGGACUCUGUAGCGGACUCGGUGAGAGACUAUGGGGAAGGACCAGGAGCUGCUAGAGGCUGCUCGUACUGGCAAUGUGGCUCUGGUCGAGAAACUCCUAUCUGGCAGGAAAGGAGGGAUCCUGGGUGGUGGAUCCGGACCUCUGCCCCUGUCUAAUCUGCUAAGCAUCUGGCGAGGUCCCAACGUGAACUGCACAGACAGUUCGGGUUACACCGCUUUGCACCACGCAGCCUUAAAUGGACAUAAGGACAUAGUUCUCAAACUACUUCAAUUCGAGGCGUCCACCAAUGUCGCAGACAACAAAGGUUACUUCCCCAUUCACCUGGCUGCCUGGAAAGGAGACGUGGAGAUUGUGAAGAUUCUUAUCCAUCACGGGCCUUCACAUUCCAGAGUCAAUGAACAGAACAACGAGAACGAAACUGCCCUCCACUGUGCAGCGCAAUACGGACACUCAGAAGUAGUGGCUGUUCUCCUAGAGGAGCUCACCGAUCCCACCAUUAGGAACAGCAAGCUCGAAACACCGCUGGACUUGGCAGCGCUCUACGGAAGGCUGAGGGUGGUGAAGAUGAUCAUCAGCGCGCACCCAAACUUAAUGAGCUGUAACACGCGGAAGCACACGCCGCUCCACCUCGCGGCCCGCAAUGGUCACAAGGCCGUGGUGCAGGUGCUGCUGGAGGCGGGGAUGGACGUGAGCUGUCAAACAGAGAAGGGGAGUGCUCUUCACGAAGCGGCGUUGUUUGGGAAGGUGGAUGUGGUGCGAGUUCUGUUAGAAACAGGAAUUGAUGCCAACAUAAAGGACAGCCUAGGUAGAACCGUCUUAGACAUUCUGAAAGAGCACCCGUCUCAGAAGUCUCUCCAGAUUGCAACGCUCCUGCAAGACUAUUUGGAAGGCGUGGGAAGGUCGGUGGUCCUCGAGGAAGAGCAUGCUCAGGAAGACACAGCACAAGAGACACGCCUUUCGUCUCCUGCCCAGUCUCCUUCUCAAAAGACUAAAAGUGAAACUGUCACUGGAGAACUAUCGAAACUCCUGGAUGAAAUAAAACUCUGUCAAGAAAAGGAUUAUUCCUUUGAAGAUCUGUGCCAUACAAUCUCAGACCACUACUUAGAUAAUUUGAGCAAGAUCUCAGAGGAAGAACUUGGGAAAAAUGGAAGCCAGAGUGUAAGAACUUCAUCUACAAUAAAUUUGUCACCAGGAGAAGUGGAAGACGAAGAGGAGGAUCCAAACUCUUGUGGACCCACGGGACUUUGGGAAGCGCUAACUCCUUGUAACGGAUGUAGGAACCUUGGCUUUCCCAUGCUCGCACAGGAGUCUUAUCCAAAGAAGAGGAAUUACCCCAUGGAAAUUGUACCAUCUGCUUCUCUGGACACAUUCCCUUCAGAAAAUGAGAACUUUCUUUGUGAACUCGUGGACACAGCUGUUACAAAGAAGCCCUGUUCCUUAGAAAUCGCAAGGGCACCUUCUCCGAGAACUGAUAAUGCCUCUGAGGUAGCAAUUACUGCUCCAGGAACUGGUCACCAUAGAAACAGCUCUACAGGCCCAACACCUGACUGCUCACCUCCAUCCCCCGACACUGCCCUAAAAAAUAUCGUAAAAGUUAUCCGACCUCAGCCAAAACAACGAACAUCUAUUGUGUCGUCUCUGGAUUUCCAGCGAAUGAAUCAUAACCAAGAAUACUUUGAAAUCAGCACAUCUACAGGCUGUACCAGCUUUACUUCGAGCCCUCCAGUGAGCCCACCCACCUCCUCUGUGGAAACCACAGAAAUCAAGAACGAGGGAGCUGAACACACAGAUGACCUCUCUCAGCAGGAAGAUGACGAACACCCAAAAGAGUAUGAUGCUGGGCAAUUCGCAGGCCUUCUCCACGGGUCCUCUCCAGCCUGUGAGGCUCCAGAAAAUCCGUUUCACCUGUAUGGGAAAAGAAAUCAAGGUGAAGACGGACAAGAGGAAGCCAGCUUGGCCAACAGUCCUUUGCCUUUCAAACAGACUCCAAUAGAAAAUAACCCAGAGCCUUCAGUGAAGAAAAUUAAACCCAAAGUGGUCAGUAGAACGAUUUUCCACAAAAGAAGCCACCAACUUGAGAACCAUACCAUCGUUGGCACAAGAAUGUCCAGGGGUGGAUCCCGCAACGGCGACCAAUGGGGUGUGAAUCCAGGGGGCUUCGUGGAGAGAGCGUGCACUCUAGGGAGAAUAAGGUCAUUGCCUAAAGCCCUGAUCGACAUGCAUUUAUCCAAAAAUGUCUCCAAGUCCGAUUCCGAUCUUAUUGCGUACCCUUCCAAGGACAAAGCGAGAGUUAACUGGAGCAAAUCGUCAACUGCAGAGCGCAGUUCCAAAGAUAAUUCUGAAAGAACGCCUUCCUUCACAUCUGAAUGGGAAGAAAUCGACAAAAUAAUGAACUCGAUUGACGUUGGAAUCAACAGCGAACUUGAAGGGAUGAACGGACCCAGAUGCCCUGUCCAAACAGUAGGACAAUGGUUGGAAAGCAUUGGGCUACCUCAGUACGAGAACCACCUGACGGCUAAUGGAUUUGACAAUGUACAGUUUAUGGGAAGCAAUGUUAUGGAAGAUCAGGAUUUGUUGGAAAUUGGAAUCCUUAACUCUGGUCACAGACAAAGAAUUCUACAGGCGAUCCAGCUGCUUCCAAAGAUGAGGCCCAUCGGCCACGAUGGCUACCAUCCCACCUCUGUAGCUGAGUGGCUGGAUUCCAUCGAGCUGGGCGACUACACGAAAGCCUUUCUCAUCAAUGGCUACACGUCGAUGGACCUGUUGAAAAAGAUCUGGGAGCUUGAACUUAUUAACGUUUUAAAAAUCAGUUUGAUUGGCCACAGGAAGCGCAUUUUGGCAUCUCUGGGAGACAGACUGCACGAGGACCCUCCACAGAAGCCCCCUCGGUCCAUCACCCUCAGGGAACCCAGUGGUAAUCACACUCCUCCUCAGUUGUCUCCAUCACUUAGCCAAAGCACUUACACCACUGGUGGCUCCCUAGACGUCCCUCACAUUAUCAUGCAGGGCGAUGCAAGGAGGAGAAGAAAUGAAAACUACUUUGAUGAUAUUCCCCGAUCAAAGCUGGAGAGACAGAUGGCUCAGCAGUCGUCUGUCUGUGAAAUCUGGACCAAUCAGAAUGCUGGAUUUCCUUUCUCAGCGAUCCAUCAGGUUCAUAAUACAGGGGACUGGGGAGAACCUUCCAUCACCUUGCGACCUCCUAAUGAAGCCACAGCCUCAACUCCAGUCCAGUACUGGCAGCAUCACCCAGAAAAGCUCAUCUUCCAGUCGUGUGACUACAAAGCCUUUUAUUUAGGUUCUAUGCUGAUAAAAGAGCUGAGGGGAACGGAAUCAACACAGGACGCUUGCGCAAAGAUGCGGGUGACCUGGCGCUGCUUGAUUACCUUGGUGUCUUACUACAGCGACAGCUGCCAAUGCUCACUGAUCACAGUGUGUUCUGCUGCACGCAAAAUCCCCACUUAAAAUGAAGACGCCAGGUCCCAGGGAGAAUACCUUGGCAAUCCAGACCUGUAUUUAAGUCCGACUCAAGAGCAUGAACUCUCCAAAAACACUGGGUUCCCCUGUUUUCCCAGAGCCUCUGUUUCUCAUCCAUAGAGAACGGCAUGAGAGCAGAUGACCUUGAGGGAUUUUCCCGGUUUUAUCAUUCUGGGAAUCUUGUAUUCCGAAUAGAAACUAUCUGACCUACAUUGUGUCACCACCGAACAGUGAGAGAAAGAGGAAAGUUUCCAACCAUCCAGCCUCACAGUGAUUUCAGAGAUUUCCAGGAGCCUGUCUAAGAAAUGGAUCUGGCAUUUCUCAAUUCAUGCGAUUAACUAGAUUACUGGAGUCCACCUGCUUCGGGAUUUUUCAGUCAGCUCGAGCUCUGCAAUGUUCGAGGAGCAGAUUCGGGAUGUGAAUGGGUGUUAGUCAAUUUCUCGAAACUGAAUGGACUUCAAAUCACAUCCUGAGAGCAAUAGCAAGACCAAUUUAAUAGUCUCAACAGAGAAUAAUCAAGUUAAAGACUUGUCUGUUGCCUAAAAUGAAACUUAGGGAGAAAAAAAAAACUGCCUAUUUAAAAGCCAUUCCUCUGUUCUUUGGGGCAUUUUUUUUUCUGGUUUGCCUCCCUUUUGUGUUUAUUUUUGAUUGUUUAUAUGAAAAAAAUUGCAGGUUGAUUGCUUCCCAGAAUAUCAUAAAACCUUAUUUGCUACCUUGAUUAAAUAAAUUUCAGGCCCUGAUACAGUAACCCAAGUUGCUUUGGUUGGAGCCCUUCGAAGCUAGAAGUGCAGAUUGGAGUUGUGAAUUAGAACUUUUCACCAGCUGGAAAAUGGUGUGAAUUUCAACUGCAGCUCAUUUCCAGUCUGAAGCCAAAGAUGUUGUUUUCUUUGCUAAGUAACCUGAUGGCUGUCUAGCCUCAUGCCCCAGUAUAAUCGAAUUCUUGUCAGGAGACAGACUUUAGGACACGAAUGUUCUUGAAAGUCAACGUACAUUAAUAGCACUAGCUAAAGCACUGCGGACUAAAACUUAACUCAGGUUAAAUCUUUGGGUCGAGAAAAAGAAGUUGUCCCUUUGCUACUGUGCACGCUAGCUGAAAUGAAAACUUCUCUGUAAGAAGUCAGUCAGUCUGUGCCUGUUUGGAGAAGAGUUUUCGUAAACAUGGUUUGCUAACAGAGAUGCCUAAGAUCUGGCUAUUACUUUCACUGCAUUGACUGGAAGGGAGCAAGCGCGUGAUUCUCCUGGACUGGUAGAAACAUCACCUAACAUGUGUCUUUAAACAGCCACCGGCCUGAUAAAUGACCCUGAAAAGACAGCUGUGGUCUUUUGGAGCCAUUUCAUUAGGACUGAGAACACUCAGCACUUGCCUUCGUGCACAGCCCAAGAGAAUUGCAUAGUGUUGAGAUAGGCUCUGCCCUUACCCAAGAUGCAUGGGUCAUUUGAAUUACAAUUCUUCGAACAUCUUUACAUAUGCAUAAUGAGUGUUUAUGGUUUUUUUGUUUCCCAUACACCUUGUAAUGAAAGCCCAAAGAUAAUUUUCUGCAGUGUUUUAACAUACCUUUUUUUUUUUUUGAUUAUGUCCCAUUGCACGAAGUCAGGCGUAGAAUUUUCCAUGGUGCCAUUUGGUUUGGCAUUCAGAAAAUACCAGCGUUUUGAGCACCUCUUUUAGACCAGGGAUGUUCAGCCUGUGUCACGGUCAUCUUCAGCAUCCAUACCAGAACACAAAGCCAAUGGAAGUUUAAUAACUUGCCCCGGCAAACUCCAGGAUCAAGCACAUCCCAGACUUGCUGUGGGUUAUAUAGUAUCUUGAAUUUUAUAACAGCUGGAAAAGUAGGCUUUUUAUGUGUCUAAGAUCUUCAGGAACUCACAAGUAAUUCAUGAUGUUCGCAUUGGCCAAAUCAAACCAUCUGGGUGCAGAUAGAUAUCUCUAGUAAUACGGGAUAAACUCCAGUACAUUGACUUAAACUGAACUUUCAGCCAUGUCCCUACUGAAUGCUUGCUAAGUUGGUUUUCUCCCACAGUUCUUACUUUAGGACAUUCAUUCUUGCUUAGGCAGAAUCUGAACAACUUCUCCUUCUCAGAGGCAUGGGGAGUAUUUGAUAUUCACAACUGGUUGGUUUCCAUGUCUUAAACCCAUCCAUGCAUCCAUCUCUAAGGUCUCCUGAAGGUCUGAAGUAGAAAUAGUUUUCAUUUCUUUCCUGGUGUUUUAUUGUGUGUAUCAUUUCAGUUAAAAACCUGUCAAGAUAAACUCAACGUGUUAGAUGGUAGUUUAAUUCACCUUAUUGUGCAGUGUGGAAUAAUUUGUUUGCUCGGGUGAAAUUUUCUUUUUUCCUUUUUCCUCUUCCAAACAGUCUUAAGAUGUUUUUAAUUAAUAGAGUUGAUUUUUAAUGGACUCUUUUUUUUUUUGAAGCACACUUAGCUUUACAGAAAAAAAAAAUUCAAGAAGCAAAUGCUUCUUGUAUGCUUGUUCCCUAACUGUCUUAGUGUUACUAUUUCGGUGGUGUAAGACCUUGGCCAAGAGCAAGUUGAGGAGGAAAGGGUUUAUUUGGCUUACACUUCCACACUGUAGUCCCUCAUUGAAGGAAGCCAGGACAGGAAUUCAGGCAGGGCAGAAAUAAAUGCAAGAGGCAAGAGCUGGUGCAGACACCGCAGAGGGGCUGCUCACUGGCUUGCAUCACAUGGUUUGCUCAGCCUGCUUUCUUAUAGAACCCAGCCAAGGACUAGCACUGCCCAAAUGGGCUAGACCCUCCCCCAUCUAAUUAAGAAAAUACCUUAUCAGCACAGUUUCUGAAUUGAGGUUCCCUCCUUCCAGAGAACUCUACCUUGUGUCAAGCUGACAGAAAAUUAGCCAGCACCAUCGGACCCUUGUCAACUUGACACACUAACACAUUAAGCCAUAACCUUCCCUUUCUUGUUCUCCCCAAUGCCAAGAUCACACAUUAAUGUUAUCAUUAUAAUAUAUAUCAUAUAUGUCAUAUGAUACAUAUUAUAAUGUUAUCGCUCCAAAUUUUAAGUCACAGUCUUUUAAAACUCAAAUAUUUCGAAAUCCAGUUUCCUUAAAAUCCAAAGUCUUAAAAUUCAGUCUCAACCGAGAGCUCCUAUAAAAUAAAGUUUAAAUAAAUCCUUUCUUGAUUGAAGAGGACGGAACCGAAGCACAGUUGCAAUCUGAGCAAAGCAAGAACGUAAAUAGCUCAAUAUCCAGUUAUCUAGAGCUCAUUCACGAUCUUCUGGGCUCCUCCAAGAGAACUUUUCUGUCACCUUUCUGGCUCUGCCUUCUACGGCACACUCGAUUGUCUUCUAGACUGAGGCUCUCUCCACUCCUCUGCUGCUGCUACCCUUGGAGUCAACCCACGGUACCGACACCUCAAAAAUGGUGCAGUCUGCUAUAACUGUGCUACACUUUCACUAGUAGUUUCUCCUGGGGCCUCUUCAGACCACAUGGUGGCUCUCAUCUCUUCUCCAAGACCCCUUUCACACCUUCAAAACUUAGCACCAUCGGGGUAAGUCAUAUACUACCAAGUCCAGCUGCCAGCAUGAGGUACAACCUUGGCCACUUCUGGAACACAGCUUCUGUGUCCUGACUCCCAGGAAACACUCCCCAGAUCACCUCAGUGAUGCUGGUCUCUUCUUAAUCACAGCCAGUCCUUCAGCCCCAGUUGACCAGAAUCACAGAUUUUUUUCACACCCAGCGGAUUCUUUGCUUCCUUCUGAAACCUCACAAGCCAGGUCUCCAUUGUCUACACUGCUCUCAACAUUCUUAUCUUCCUUCCUUCUAUGUAACAAACAGCUCACCGAGCUCUCAACACUCAAUGGCUUUUCUAGCUGGAACUUCCAAGCUCCUUCCACAGUCCUCCCCAAAACAAUGUGGUCAGGUCUGUCACUGUAAUACCCCACUACGAUGGUAUGAACUUAUCUUAGUUACGGUUACUAUUACUUAUGAUGAAACAAACACCAUGACAAAAAGCAAGUUAGGGUGGAAAGGGUUUAUUUGGUUCAUACUUCUACAUUGUAGUUGAUCACUGAAGGAAACCAGGGCAGGACCUCAAAAGAGCAGAAGCCUGGAGGCAGAAGCAGGGGCAGAGACCAUGGAGGGGUGCUACUUACUGGCUUGCUCAUCAUGGCUUGCUCAGCCUGUUUUCUUAUAGAACCAAGGACCACCAGCCCAAGGAUGGCACCACCCACAAUGGGAUGGGCCCUUGCCCACCAAUCACUAAUUAAGAAAAUGCCUUAUGAAUGGCACUUAUGGGCACAUUUUCCCAGUUGAGGUUCCCUCCUUUCAGAGAACUCUAGCUUAUGUCAAAUUGACAUAAACUAGCCAGCCCGCUAAGCGACAUGUUUGCAUGUUCCUCCAUUAUCAACAGCUAAGUGGUAGAUUUGUUCCUGAUGGACUCACGUUGACGAUGUGAAUACUCUUGCUGCUGUACAUCCUGUACGUCUGGACAAACUGACAAUGGCCUGUGUCUACCAUUACCACACAUGAAAGUGUCUCUACCCUGCAGUUCUCUGGUUUUCAGAGCUGUUUUAGAUUUACAAGAGAAAAAAAAUGGUCCAAAAAUUGCAGUGCUCACAUACUCUCCCCCUACAGCUACUGAAUUUACAGCUUUCUCUUUUUGUGAAACUCUUGUGUUGGCACGAUACAUUUGUCACAAUUAGGACCACCAGUAUUAAGUAAAGUUUGUGGUAUAUAUUAGAACUCAUCCUUCCUGUUAACAGAGUUCUGGGGCUCUAUAAAUGUGCAACAAUGUAUCUACUAUUUCUUCUUAGUUGCUCCCAUGUUUUGGAAAGUAUACAGACGCUGUAAAAAUGUAAACAUUCCUAAACAAGCACAACAUUUCUCCCCCAGGAUGCAAACUCUGAAUAAUGCCCCUCUUUCUUCUAAAUGUGUUUAGUGAAGAAUCAGUAGGAGCUGGCUUUGAACCCUGAUAAUAUAUUACUGAGCAAAAUUGCCAUGUCUGCUUUGUCUUUUUAGAUUUUCUUUGAUAAAAAGCCCAUCUGACAGGCUUUGGUACUAAGCCAUAGUUUUCCUUCUUUAUAGUAGCCAGACUGCUCAUUUCCUGUAUUCUGACAGCUUUGCAGACAGCCCCACUUCAGGUCGGAAAUACAAAAACAUAUACUACUGACAUGGGGAGAGUCAGAAAAGAUAUAUCUUUCAUCUUAACACAGUCAUUUACGCUGCCUUUUGUGUUAGUGCUUUUAGCUAAAUCCAUGCUCUGAAACACAGGCUUCAUUUCCUAAUUAGUCCCUGGGGUAAAUAAUUAGUUCUAGGGUGCUAAAUAUGAUGCCCUUUCUGCGGGGUUUCCCCAUAGAACAGAGCCUUCUUUCUAUCUCUCCCUCACGUGACACUGGGUGAAUGCCAGUGGGGGAGGGAUCAUGCUGCCCCUCCCCCUUGACAGCAGGGAUGGUGUGCAGUACAUGUCUCUGUGGCACCUGCUUUAUCGUGAUGGUUAGACACAACGAUGCAUGCAAAGCUCAUGUCUCCAUGACAUCUCAGACACACUGGCUUCUUCCUUCAAAUGGUUGAGUAAAUCCAUGGGCAGAUUUCCUUUAGAUUCCUUUUUUUUUUUUUUUUUACCCCAUCCCUGUGGCUGGUACCCCUUUCAUUGUACUGUCUAUGACCAUAGUAUGUAAGAGAAUAUUCUAAGGUUUAGGAGUCCCAGACUUUCCUUUCCACCUCGUGAGGUCAUCUCUAAAACAGAGAAAACAAAUGAAAAAGGAAGUUCUUCACGAGAUGACGAGAUGACGUAUGUAACUCUACAGUUGUAUGUAACUCUACAGUUGUAUGUUUGGUUCUGUUGUCCCUAAAUCAAUUGGAAUUUGCUUUUUCAAACGUUGGGUCUACGGGACUGGAUUUUAUAAAGCUCCAAUUAUAUUACCAAAGGGCCAUUCUGUGAUUUGGGUUUGUUGUAUGUGAGUAACUCCCGUUUUGAAGAUUCCAUAAAGUACAGCAUUUAAUGAGCUAGGAGAUCGUUCUGACCAAUGUGAAGUUCUAUUUAAUUUUGCCUCUCUGGUCUUACCCUUGCCACCAUCCCUGUAUUUUGCCUGGAGUUUAAUCACCACUAAUAUACAGAGCCCCAUCGAUCCCCUAGUUAGAUUAAAUAUGCCGCCGUUAGAAAACACAGGCCAUUGGAUUCACUGUAAUACCCUUUGCAAUCUUACUUUCUCCACUCUCACGGUUAGCGAUUAGCAUUAUUCACAGGUGUCUGUGGUCUUGGAAAUUGCUCUGAAAAGGGAGGAAAAGGGAGGCUAGGCUAAGGCAUCGGCUCAGUCAGUAAAGCACUUGUUUUGCAAGCGUGGGAACUUCAGUUGAGGCAGAUUCCCCAGUACCCACAGAAAAUACCAGCCAAAGCAGCAGAAGCCUGUCACGUCAGCUCUACAGAGGCAGAGACCGAUCCCCAAGGUUCAGCUUGCUAGCCUGCCAAUCUAGCAGAAUCAAUGGGUCACAGGUUCAGUGAGAGACCCUCCCUCAAUCAAUCAAUCAACCAAUCAAUCAAUAUAAAUAAAUAAAGUGGAAAGCAAUCGAGGAAGAUAUCUAACGUUAACCUUUGGCCUCAACAUGCACACAUGCUGUACACACACACUGAGACAGAAAGAGACAGACCAACAGACAUGACACAGACAGACACAUGGACAGACAAAACCACAUACACAGAGGAGUUAGAGGAGUUGGAGGCAUAGAAGAUAGAGAGGCAGAGGGGAACAAGAAGGAAAUGGUGCCUGAUUUUUAAUGAGGCUAAGAGAGAAUAAGGACUUAUUUUAAGGGUUUUUUUUUUAAUCAGAAAUAGGCAGGAUCUCAGAGAGUUUUAAAAUUGUGGAGCCUUUGAACUUUCACCAUAGGUCUCAUUAGGUCUGUUCUCCUUAAUUUGUAUGAUUCUUUAAACGUUCAAGCUGGAAUCACCUCUAAUGGGUGACUUUUCAAAUAUGUAGAUUUCCGGGUACUGGUCGGUGCUUUGGUCUGAGCUCCAUCACUGUCUUUGCUCGUCCCUGUGCUUUCAAAGAAUCAACACCGGGAGAAAGCUGAAAGGGCUUUUUUUUUUAAAGUUAGAAUGUGUCCUUCCUUAAAAGGAACUGAAACCGAAGCCAUGAUCCAAAAGUUCAAAGCCACCCUGAGCUAUGUAGCAAGUUCUUUGGUCUUUGCACAGAUCCUUCUGAGAGCAAAUGCCAUCCACAGCGUUUGCAGGGGCAAAUAUAUAAAAAGACUAAGUUCUGUUGCCAAAAAUUUCAGCUGAGGUUUGCGUUUUGCACCAUCAUCUUCAGGUGGGGUCGUGGAAUCAGGCCCCGCCUUCUUCUGAGGACUCCAGGCUUUUUAUAGGGAGGACCGAGCCUACCACAUAACGGACAACCCCAAAGCAGCCACUUCCCAGUCCACUUUUUUUUUUUCUUGCCUUAAUUUCCACUCGUCUUAAAGCCUCUUUCUAAAUGUGUUUAUUUAAGUGAACGUCAUUGGCUACAUAGGGCAGCACCAGCACUUGGGAGGAGCAAAAUUUUAAAACCACCCUGAGCUAUGUAUCAAGUUCAAGGCCCCCUCUCAAAUAAAUAACAAGUUCUCUUUGACCCGAAUACAUUGCCAUGUUUAAUGUCCAUGUAUACACACAUACAUAUGCACGAAAAAUUAAAACUCAAAAAAAAGUCAAAAACAAGGUAGACAGCAUCUGAGGGGAGGAUAUCCAAGGUUGCCCUCUGACCAUGAGUACCCACCUGUAGGUAAACACACACAUGCAUGUAAAUACACACACACACACACACACACACACACACACACGUAUGAAGACUCAAUAAAUUGGCUUAAGCUAAAAAAAAAUCACAAAUGUUUAGGCCUUUUUUUUUUAAUUGCAAAGCAACAUGUCAUUGCAAAGAAUUCUUUGUUAUGUGCUCCCAAAGCAGAGAACAGAAGGAAGAAGUGAAAACAACUAAUUUUUACCACCCAGAAGUGGUAAGCAUCCUCCUGCUGACACCUUGUUCACGUGUGAUCCUUCAGAGUAAUUACUCAGGCCUCCUGGGCAUUACUCCUUCGCUAAAACCUGGAAAUGUUCUGUACCUGUUGUUUUACGGUCUAUUUUAAACCGCAGUUAUAUUUGGGAUUUUUUUUAAAAAGUAUUUCAGUAACUCUUCAUCCUCAGUAUCAUUUCUGGUGCUUAAUUACAAUAUCCCAAUCCAUAGUUAAAACAAUCUCUCAGCCAAUUCCCUUGAUUAGUGUGUCCAGUUCCAAUUUAAAAAAAAAAAAUUAUAACCAGGAGUCUUUGCAAGUGCUGAUUAGUUCCCUAAAAUAAGUCACUAAAUGUAGAACAGCUAAGCCAAAGGGCAUACCCGUUUCGGAACUUUGCAGAACGAUUGCCAAAAUGCCUUCUAAACACUCACAUGCUGUGAGGGACCAUAGCCACUGGUGUCUCUCAGCAUCAGGUGCUUACUGUCUUGGACACGCCCCGCCCCUCUGACCCGGGACCUCAUGAGAGGCGGGGCAUCUUCAGCAAGCCGCCUAGUCUUACCAACAUCUAUUCUGCCUGUAACUCUAGCAUCUCUUUAUUUCAUGUGAAGAAUGUUUUCAGCUCUCAGGGCCCUCUGGAAACCAUGAAAGGAUUAAAUAAUCCUUGCUAAUUGCUCUCAAGACUAAGAGCUGCAGCUAAACGCUAAUGGCAGAUUUGGGGGGGGGGGGUGGCAGAAAUCACUUGUCAAAUGCGCUUUGAUAAACUAGCUCCUCAGAAUGAACGCGGGGUGCCGCGCAGCUGGGUUUACCCGCACAGCGUCAGAGAGCCGCGCUGACAGUGACUCUCAAUCAAAUUGAUCAACUGCGUCUUUAGAGCAGUCGAGCUUAAAGUGUGGGCCCCGGAUGCAGAGUCAGCAGCAUCUGGGAAUUCGUUAGAAUUGCAAAUGUGCAGGCCCCAGCCCACUUUCCCCGAGCCUCUGGGUUCGGAGUGCCCUCCCACCCCACGCCCCCCCCACCCCCCCCCCCGUAAUCAGUCAUUUACGGAAUCCAUGAUACUGUCGCAGCAUUCAGAUACACUCCAUAGGGGAGAACCACUGCCAUGGUCCCCAGGACAUCCCGCUGAGGAUCCUGUGUAGGUCAGCUGUUCUGGGUAGAUACCUGAUGUCACUGUGCUUGGAGAUUGGCCAGACCUAGGACAAAGUUAGAGGGCAUCACUUUGGGUAGCGCUAGAGUUGGGCAGGACUUAAAUUUUAGCUCUAUAGCAGUUCGCACUUCCCGCAAGGAGAUGUGUUAGGAAUGGCCACGGCUCGCUUGUUCAUGUCACGCAGUCAUGGUUUGAGUCUCUGUUCCCUCAGCCUUUGGACUGGAGUUCUUGAGGCCACAAAAGCCAUCUGAAAUCAUUUGGCCACGUUUCUCAGCCAAAUGAAGCACUUGUUAGUGACACUUGAGAACCCAAACUAUUCUUUUUUUUUUAAGAAAUAGAGGGGAAAACUCCCCAGCUACCACCAGGAAUCACCUUAGCCUCUUAGAGGCCCUUCCUACCUUUUCUGAUACCUACUCAGGGAGCCAGGGUGAAGUUGCAGCCUUCUCCUUGAAGCUGUAAAAUCACCCAUCACCGAAGCUCUAACCCAGGAAUCUCUUGAUAGCCUCACAUCACAUCAUCCUGGGCUUCAGGUACCACGGGUCUCAUGAUGGUUCUCUACAACCCCACACUGUUGUCAGCUUUUGGCUUCAGCAGCUGGGAGAGUACCCUAUGAAAGGACUAUACCAUCUACUUUUGACCUUAAAAAUAAUGGCAACUCCUUAGGGAUAAACCUGGGCCUGUCUACAAGUGGUUACAGAGGAAAGAGUCAAGGCAGCUGUGGUUGGCCUUCUAGAUUCUUCCAGGAAAGCAGAACCCAUGAAAUUCCAAGCAUUGACACAAGGUGGAGAAAUAAAUGUGUCAGCAUGUGAGGUUCAAGAAGUCUUUCCUCAGAAAGCAACCUCAGCACUCAGUUUUACAGGCCAAGGGUUAUUUCUGAAUAAAUAUUCCAAGGUCUGCUUCCCAUACCUGACUCACCCCGAAGCCUAACUGGUUUUGCUGCGUAAACCCUGAGUCUGCUUCCUAUAAUGUUCAACCACUUAAAAGUCACUGAAGGCUACAAAAUAGUAAUGUUAGAUCUCAUUUAAAUAUACUUGGGAAAACUGAAUAUCAUCAUUAGGCUUUGUAACUAACUACAGAAAAUAUUAAAUGGCAAAAUAGGUAUGAUCCAGGAUGGAAAUUCUAAUUAGAAAGUAUUCUCAGGGUAGCCAGGGAAAUCUUUUCCCCAGCCUGUAUUUUAGAUAUGCUGUGAGUAACCAGGGUAUUAUAAGAAAGAAGGUUGAGGGCUGAGGAGAAGGCUCAGUGGAUAAAGGGCUUGCUGCCCAAGCAUGAGAGCCUGAGUCUGAAUCCCCAGCAUCCACAUAAAGGCCAGGCACAUUCUGUAAUCAUGCAGGGAGAGGCAGAAGCAGAUAGACUGUGCAAGCUCACCGUCAGUUAAUUAAGCCAAAACAGUGAGCUCUAGGCUCUGUGAGAGAUCUGCCUUCAAAUAAUAAAGAAGAACAACAGAGCAAGACACAUGAUGCUGAUAUUUGACCUCCACCUAUGUGGAUGAGUACACCUGCUCAUUCCACACACACAUAUAUAUAAACAUAUAUAUAUGCACAUACAUACUCAGAUAUGCAUGCACACAUGCACACUUACCAUAUAUGCACGCAUAUACAAAUACACACAUAUACAAAUACAUACACACAUAUACACACAAAACAUAUACACACCAUAUACUACAUUCAUGCAUACAUACAUAUACACAUAUGCACAUACACACAUAUAUACACAAACAUACAUACUACAUAUGCACAAACAUAUACAUACACAAACACAUAUAUAUGCACAUACAUAACAUAGAAAUACAUAUGUAUAUGCACAUACAUACACAUAGAAAUACAUACACAAACACGUACAUAUAUGCACAUACAUUCCAGAUAUGCACACACAUACACACAUACCAUACAUGCACACAUAUAUAUACACACAUACAAACACAUAUACACACAAAACACACACAUACACAUGCCACAUACAUACAUUCAUGCAUAUAUACAUACAUAUACACAUAUGCACAUACAUACAUACACACACAUACAUACAAACACACAUACCACAUAUGCACAUACAUAUACAUACAUACACAUAGAAACAUACACAUAUGCAUACAUAUACACAAACAUAUACACACAAACACAUACACACACAAGAACAUACACAAAUACUACAUGCACAUACAUACAAACACAUUACACAUACCAUAUAUACACACACAAACACAUACAAGGAAAGAGGGGAGGAAGGAAAGAAGGGAGAAAGGAAAAAAGGGAGGAAGAGAAAGAAGGAAGGAAGGCUUACUGAGGCUGUCUUAACUCUUUUCCCUCCUUCUGCACUGCUGAGGCACAAAUUAAAUGAUUAAACACAAGCCCCCUCUAGCCUAGCCUGAUGCCAUACAACUGAAUGCUUAGCCCCCCCACACACACCCCAUAAGCCUCUCUACACUCAUUCACACCCAGGAAAAGCCACACUCUGAGCUCGGUGAGUCCAUUCCUCAGAAGGAACAUGCCUAAACGGAGUUGAGUCUAAAUUAAAAAGUGGAGACUACUUCUAAUCCCAAGGCUCAGAAGGCUGAGGGAGGAUUAGGAGCUCAGGGCUAGCCUGAGCUACAGAGAAGACACAGAGAAAGAUCUAGGAGGCUGUCCCCAUAGAAAUAUUUACAGUAAGUACUGACCUGUCCUGAUCCCUGGGGGUCCCUGGAGUUCACUAGCUAGACAGGAGUAGACUAGUUGUCAUGUUCAAGGCCAGUGAACAGGAACUGUGAGACCAUUUCUUUUCUCUGUUGUAAGGGUCUUGGAUGGGCAUCUGAUGGGAAUUUCUAAAUGCUAAGAGAAGCCACCAUUGCUGCCCUCAGGUGUUCUGCCCACAUUCUCCUUAAACUGUCACUAACAUCAUUGGUAACAGACCUUGCUUGUUAUAGAGACUGGGAUUAAUAAAUCCAAUAAAAGCAGUAGAGCUUUCAUGAAAUCAAGUGAACGCUUGUUGGUUUUCCUGCCUCCCCAAAGACUGAAUGGAUUUGCCUCCUUUUUACAAGUGUUCACCUUUCAUUAAAAGUUACGUAGAAAAUGACUUCUUGGAAAGCUCCCAUCAAAAUACAUGAUCAGAAACUCCCCCAUAAAGAGGCACGAUUGUUGGCCCUUCCAGAAAACGCAAUUGCCUUCUUGGUGGAACACAGUGUUGAAGAUCUUCCAUGGUCCCCUUGAGCUCCGUGGCUGGAGCUCAACAAGUUCAGCGUGUUCUUGUCAAGAGACUUAGCAGGGAGAGGACAGUCUGAUCUCUAUAUUGGAAUGCACAGCCACUUCCAACAUUGACCCCAUAGAGACUUGUUCCCAGCCUCCACACUGACACCUCGAUGCUGACUUUGCCAAGGGAACAGGAAUUGGAAGACCAUUUGUCUUUUCUCUGCUGUGUAGGACUAGGCUGAGCAUCCUACAGGGAAUCUCUAAAUGCUGAUAGGAACCACCAUUGCUGCCCUUGGCUUCUGUGACAUCAUCUGUGGGACAUUUUCUAGCUCCAUUUUUAGUCUCUUGGCCAGAUCUUAAGAAUUCAUCUUCUGCUUGUCAUGGUGUUCCAAGCCUUUAUUUCCAGCACCACUCAGGAGGCUGAGGCAGGCAGAUCUCUGAGUUGAGGCCAGCCUGGUCUACAGAGAGAGUUCCAGGGCAGCCAGGGGUACACAGAGAGACCUGGUCUAAAACAAAUUUAUCUUUUGCCUGGCAUGGUGUUGUAUACCUUUAGUCCCAGCCCCUGGGGGCAGAGACAGGCAAAUCUCUAUGAGUUCCAGGCCAGCCAGGGCUGCACAGUGAGACCUGUCUCAAAAAAAAGAAUGUAUCUCCCAGCCAUAUGUGAUAGCCCACAUCUAUACACUUAACACUCAGAAGGCUGAGGCAGGAGGAUAACUAGUUCAAAGCCAGCCUGGACUGUACAGUAAAGCCUGUCCUAAAAAUGGUGGGUGUUGGGGUUCAUCUUCCCCUUCGGGUGUGGUCCUUUUUAACCCUCACUGCACCCUAAGACACCCCACCUGCUUCUAUCCCUGCGGUCACACUUCCAACAUCUGAGUUUCGCCUCUUACUUCUUCCUAAUUAGCAAGCUGGCCAUGUAAAGGCAUCUCUGUGUGUCUUUGCAAACGCAUGCUUCCCUCUGGCAUUGCUGUCUCUGCUAAUGGCUGCUUCAUAUGUGGUGCUUCAUACUCACACUCAUUCACUUGCUAUGACAUCACAGAGAGCCUCUCGACUCUUCGCCCUUCGUUGUGGGGCUCCCCAUUAUCCACACUUCUACUUCGAUCCAUAUAGAGUCUGCCUUUUAGAUUUUAUGUCCUUCACCCUCCGUCUUCGAUACAUCUUUCUUACAUCACUUCCGACUUAACAGCUUCUGAUGGGUCUGAUCUUAGCCAGGAAGUCCCGCCUUCCAAAUCUACUACAUGACCCUGCUUUCCUAACAGCUACCUCACCCACCAUAAAGUUCUCAUUUACCGGUGUAUGUGACUUUGCUCUUAGAACAGCCCCCCUUUCUCUUCCUUUUGCCACUCCGAUGACUCUACCUCCACAGCCCGUGCCCCCUGGUAGGUAAUCAGGCUUGAUGAAUGAACGGCUUUAUUAAUACCUGCCUUACCCUUUCAUUGAAGGUGAACCCUUCCAUGCUUGCUAUUCCAGAAGUAUUCUGUUCCCAUUGCCACUGCUGCGUGUGUCAGCCUUGUGGCUGUACCUUAUGUCCAACUCAGAAUGUGUGCUGUGUGAGUGGAGAUGUGCUCCUAUGGUACGCUGCCCUUCCUCCCAGAAGGCAUCUUGCCCAGCCCUGUUUCCCACUUAGCCUUGGCAAGGCGCUCAGUCACUCAGGUGGCAAUUCGAGCAGUGGCAUUCACUUACAGUUUUACAUCCCUGAAUUGAACCCCGAGCUUUUCCAGCGACUAGUGCAGGGGGCUGCCCAAAAUAACCACCCAACUGCCGAACAAAUAACAAAUGGGUCUUCUUACUACUCAAUAAAAUACUGGUAUUUUCAUCUUAAUGUAGCGAUAGAUUGUUUCAGGUUACAAAUAGGUCUGGCCAGGGAAAAAAUACUCAUAGCAAGAGAUGAGGGAGGUGAUUGGCUGAGAUCCACUGUUACGCUUCACAAAGAGUUCUUCACACUCAGUCCAGUCAACAGCCUGUGGUGCCCUCGCCUUCUCUGUUCAUGAGUCCAGCCACUGCUUUGCCCAAACCAGCACAUAGCACGUGCUCUCUUCUAGUCUUGCCUUUCGAUUUGUCCUGCACAUUUUCCAGAAGCGGUUAGGAAAAACAUUCAGAACAUCAAAGCAUAUAAUGUUAUAUUCCAUUUUUCUAGAAUGACUUGUUUUCCGGCAGUUGCAAGAGAAAAAAAAUUCGCAAGUCUAGGUAAUUUUAAAACUAGUUAAAAAAUCACUUCAAGAGAACCUCUCUUUAUUGCCUGGGAUCAAUACAUUUCAAAUAAUAUUCUUAGUGAGUAAAUUCCUUCUUCUCUGAAACAGUAUGGCAGUGCUCACAGAAGAUGCUGUGUCAGGACAACGAGGACAGUGUAAAAGACCUCUUGGGAGGAUGGUGGGGUCCAAGGAGACCUCUUCCAGGGUCAAAAAACAAAAAAAAAAGACCUGGAUCUCAAAAAAAAAAAAGACCUCUGGGGGGCGGGGGGAACGGCCAAACAAGAGAUGCAAUCAGUGAGUUUCAGUCACCCAUUAAGAAGCCCUUUUUUAAUUCCGGUCACAUUUUGGAAAUUUUUAAAUGGAGCGACAUAAAUUUUAAAAGUUCCCGUCCUUUCCGGAGUCCCCC